ACAGCUGACUGUGCGCUGGAAGAGAGACCAAGAGGCUCCGGGUGCAGGGGAUGCGACGCAGACUACCACUGAUGUCUGUGCCGUAAUGUGUGUGGCGUCUGAGCAACAGCCCGGAGUGUGUGUGUGAGUCACUGUGAUCCGAGGUGACAAUCGAGAUAACUGUGGGGCUGACAAUGCACCGACUACUAUAAACAUGCAUUUGAAUUGAAUGGGAGCUACUGGGAAAUUCGAAGAGAUUCUGCUGUGACAGCUGUCGUGCGAUGGAAGUUAUAUAAAAACGGGUUUACCUUGCAUUAGAUGAGUGCUCAGUGAUAUUUUAUAAGUGGAAUGGAUUGGUUAUAUUUUCGAGAAGGUGAAUACCUGUUCGUGCCAACUUUGCCUUUUUUCCUUGAAGAGUGGAUCAAAAGAGAAACUUUAAUGUGGCGUUACGCUUGUCCCUGAGAAUGGCGUUGAUGAAGGCGAACUUAAGCUGUCUGGAGAGUAUAUCCCGGGGAAACAACUGCCUCCCCGCCAGGAGCACGUCUCCCGGGGUAGCGGCCACCCUCGCCGGCGUGCUGAUCUUCACCACCGUGGCUGAUAUCGUUGGGAAUCUGCUGGUCAUCCUGUCCGUGUACAGAAACAAGAAACUCAGGAAUGCAGGUAACAUCUUUGUGGUGAGUCUUUCUGUCGCUGACCUGGUGGUGGCGCUGUACCCCUACCCCUUGGCUCUGGUCGCUAUCUUCCAUAAUGGCUGGACAAUGGGCUCCUUGCACUGCCAGCUGAGCGGGUUUGUUAUGGGACUGAGUGUGAUCGGCUCCGUCUUCAACAUCACGGCAAUCGCCAUCAACCGCUACUGCUACAUCUGCCACAGCCUCCGCUACGACCAGCUGUAUUCUCGCCAAAACACCUGUCUGUACCUGCUGCUCACCUGGAUGCUAACCGCUCUUGCCACCGUGCCCAACUUCCUUGUGGGUUCCCUAAAAUACGACCCACGCGUCUUCUCCUGCACGUUCACCCAGACGGCAAGCUCUUCUUAUACCAUCUGUGUUGUCCUGAUCCACUUCCUCGUUCCCCUAGCUGUAGUUUCCUUCUGCUACCUGCGCAUAUGGACGUUGGUGAUUAGGGUCAAAGGUCGUGUCCGGCCCAAUCCAAAGGUCAGAGCGGCCGACUUAAGGAAUUUCUUGAUGAUGUUUGUGGUGUUCGUGCUGUUCGCCGUGUGCUGGGCACCCCUGAACUUCAUUGGGCUCGCCGUGGCGGUUAACCCUGCAAGGGUGGCACCGAAUGUCCCGGAGUGGCUGUUUGUCACUAGCUACUUCAUGGCGUAUUUUAACAGCUGUUUGAAUGCUGUUGUCUACGGGUUGCUCAACCAAAACUUCAGGCAAGAGUACAAGCAGAUUCUCCGUGCUCUAUGCACCCCAAGAGCGCUGUUCACUGAAAGUUCCAGGUAUAACACUGAAGCCAUAAAGAGUAAACAGUCACCGGCAGGAACCAAUAAUAAUGGGAAAGAGGCCAAUAUGUAUAAGGGCGGCGUAACACACACUCUUUUCUAGUAGAUCACUCCCCAUUCAAUUAACAAUCACAGUGUUAGGGUACAAUGGGGUUAAAGGCACACCAGGGUAAAAUGUGCAACGUCACCACAGCAUUUUCAUAAGCAUCCACUUCACGGAAGUGUGGAAGCUGCUAAAUCAUAUAGAAAAGGACUUAGUCAGCAGGAAAGGGUGCAAUAUUUUGACAAACUAAAGUUAAUAGGUAGUAAAGAUACAUACAAGCAGUAAUAAUUGAUCAUUUUCAGCAGCAGUAAUCGGCCAAAUAUGUACGUUUGUUCGGUUCAGUGGCAUUGUUUAUAUUCAGUGCCACCAAUAUGGCGGAUUGCUUAACUUAGACAUACAUUUUGAAGUAUUAACUUAGGUGUUAUGCAAAAUGUACUCUCCACUGGUUGGAAAACUGUUGACGGGUCCAAGCCUCUACUCAUUUCAGCAGAGAAUACCAUCUCAAGAGUACUAGGCGCUAGGUAAAACUAGGUGCAGUGCUAGGUAAAAAUCGGACAGAACACAUGCUGGGUUAUUUUGACCCAGCUGGUUGGGUUAAAUGUUUUUACCCAGCAUGCUGAGUUGUUUUAUAUAAGUCAACUGUUGUUUAAAAUGUAUUAUAUUGCUGGCUUAAAAUAGGCUGGAAAUUAAAAAUUUGCGCACAGAAUCAUAGAGGCAACAGCAAUAAUCAAAAGAUGAACCUUUUUUUUAUUAAGCAAGAACAUCCAUGGACAAAAAUAUAGAUAAACUAAAUUUAUUUGGGUGAAUACAGCAUAAUUUACAAUAUUACAUACCAUUAAACUCAUUUAACAAUCAUUUUAGAAAUAAAAAAUGUAACAUUUAAAAGUAGCAUUUUAAUUUAAGUUCAACCGUUCUCUGUAAUCACUUUUUACUGAAAUAGUGCUAAUUCUUGUGCCGGUGUGUUGCCGAAAUCUAAGCCAGUGUUGGGCUCGUGUGAACUACGAACUGCCACCUCGCAUUUCAUUCGUAGCUGACAGAUGCCAUGACAGACUCCAUAACCUGCUCAUAAACAAACAGUACUGAGAUUAGAGAACAUAUUUUAACAUCAAAUUAAAUUAAAUUUAAAUUUAAUUUAGUCUUAUUAUGAAUAAAAAAUUAAAGUAAACAAGCUCGUCAUUCCACAGAGAGAAGAGAGGGGCGGGGUGAGCAGAGCUCAUUUGCAUUUAGAGGAACAACCCCUUAGUAUGAGAUGAUUUUGACAAGGUAAAAAGGGUGUUGUUUUACAACACCACUGAGAAUUUGUAAUCAAAGUAUAUUAGAGACUUUUCAUUAAGACCCUAAAGAAUCAUAUCAACUUGUGGAAAAUGGGCAUCCGAUGACCCCUUUAAAAAGUGAGUAAGUUUUUGUCAAUACCGGGGUUUUUUGUCCUAUGCUAGUGAGCUUUUUACCCUGCAUGAGCCUUUUAAUUUCAAGUGAAAUUAAGUCACAUUUAUUUAUAUAGAGCUUUAUAUUAUACAAAUUAUUUCAA